ACGACACGUAAAAUUUUCGCGUCAGAAACGGUCUCGGGCCUCGAGACUUGAGAUCGGUGCUACUAGAAGCUUCUAUUUUUCUUUAGAUUUUGUUGAAUUCAGCCGAAAUGCCCAAAGUAAAGAGAAGCAGAAAGCCACCUCCAGAUGGAUGGGAGCUGAUUGAACCCACUUUGGAUGAGCUGGACCAGAAAAUGAGAGAGGCUGAAACAGACCCUCAUGAGGGGAAGCGAAAGGUGGAGGCCCUUUGGCCAAUCUUCAGGCUUCACCAUCAGCGCAGUCGUUACAUCUACGACCUCUUCUACAAAAGAAAAGCCAUCAGCAGAGAGCUGUAUGACUACUGUAUAAAGGAAGGGUAUGCUGACAAGAACCUGAUUGCCAAGUGGAAGAAGCAGGGCUAUGAGAACCUUUGCUGCCUGCGCUGCAUCCAAACACGGGACACCAACUUUGGAACUAACUGCAUCUGCAGAGUCCCUAAGAGCAAGCUGGAAGUUGGAAGAAUCAUUGAGUGCACUCACUGUGGAUGCAGAGGAUGCUCUGGCUGAUCAUUAAAAAAGCCUAAAGCUUUUGGUUUUACCAUCACUGUCUACUGCCCUGAUGUGACGGGAUCAAUGUUUUUUGUUCUUCUGUGUUUCAACACAGAAAAAGAGUGAAGAGGACACUGUGACUGGGGCCACCUUUUGUUUUUCCCCCACAUCAUUUUUUUUUUUUUUCUGUGUGGUUUUUAUGUUAACAAUUUUGGUCUCUGAGUCAGACCCGUCAUUCCAUAAAAUUGUGUUCAAAAUGAGGGGCAGUUGUAAUGCAUAGUUUUUCUCACGUUGCUGGCUGGAAUGUGUUGGUUGUUAUUUUUAUCAGAGUUUUGAUGUACAUCUUAAAUACUCUCAAUUAUUACAGUAUGACUUUUAAAUAAACAUUUCGGUCAUUUC